UUGUAAGGACAGCAGGAACCAUGACAACGAGGUCCUUCAGGCGUCUCCGUUGCAUAGAAACGAAAACCUUCGGCGACAUCAUCAUCAAAAUCAACAAACUUUGAAUAUCUGGAUACCUAGAUGACUGCAGGGAAUCAACCAACCUUGCCUUGUUAUAUACGAACAUAAUAUACACAAAUCAGUCAGCGACGUUUGGAUAAGUACACUUGGUUAACAGAUGCUAUCAACGCUACUUUAGUUAGCGGAGCUAGCCAACUGUUAAUUAGCAAUCUUCAGUGGUUAGGGUGUAUUGUGAAGGUAACAAUACUCACAAUAGACUUUAGUACGACCAAUGUAAUCAAUGACAAUCUAUGUAAUAAACUCGGCUUCAGUUAGCAUCAGUUUUGUCUCUGUGAGGUCAGACAAACCAGUGAAAUGAGCGAUAUCAAGCCGAACCACACGAUGUUAACCUCAGCUAACCGAUGGAAAGCUAGCUAACGCUCAUUCGCGUUGUCAAUAGCAAUCGGAUGCUAGCUCCCGCAGGAGCUUAGGUCACAUUUUUUUAUUUAUCUAGGCAAGCGUUGGCUUAUACAAUCAUUGUAGUCAAAGCGAUAGAAAGUUUAAAAAGAGGGUAACAUGGCUGGCGACGUUGGCAGCAUCCCUGAACUGGACCAAAAGAAGUACGAUUCAGAUGAACAGGUGAAGAUCAUCUGUCUGGGCGACAGCGCAGUUGGGAAAUCCAAGUUGAUGGAGAGAUUUCUAAUGGACGAAUAUCGUCCCCAGCAGUUGUCAACCUAUGCUUUGACUCUCUACAAACACACAGCCACUGUAGGAAACAAGACAGUAGCCAUUGAUUUCUGGGACACCGCUGGUCAGGAGAGAUUUCAGAGCAUGCAUCCCUCAUACUACCACAAAGCACAUGCAUGCAUCAUGGUUUUUGAUGUUCAAAGGAAGGUCACUUAUAAGAAUCUGGCCAGCUGGUAUAAGGAGCUGAGAGAGUACAGACCGGAGAUACCCUGUUGUGUGGUUGCUAACAAAAUUGAUGCUGAUUUGAAGGUGACACAGAGAAGCUUUAACUUUGGGAAGAAGCAAGGACUCCCAUUUUACUUUGUAUCAGCGGCUGAUGGGACUAAUGUAGUUAAGAUGUUCAGAGAGAUGAUCAAGAGAGCAGUGGACUACAAGCAAAACCCCAGCGACUUCAUGGAUGAAGUGUUGCAAGAAUUAGAGAACUUUGACCUGGAGAAGAAGGAAGAUAAUUCAGAAGCAGAUGAGGUCGGAUUGAAAGCAGAGAGUCCCGAGUCGGUCUGACCGACAUUUACAGAUCCUCCUAACCCUCUUUUUGUCUCAUGGAUGAAUGAUCCUCUUCUGGGGUCGAUGCUCAACAGGCACAUUUUUUGUCCUUAUGUCAUUUUGGUGGUCUGCUUUUAUACCAUUGGUUUGUAACUCUACCACUGGAGCUUGGCUGGACUGUCUUCUAGUCAGGUUUUCAGUCACUUCCCUUCAUCUGUUCAGUGACUUUGGCAGGGAAAUAAACCUGUGAAAUAAUUAGGAAUUGUGUUGUUUACCAAGUUCAUUUAGCUGCUGUUUUAGACUUGUCCUUCAUACUUUGUCUGACAAUAUCUACUAGUAGAAAAUCCUAAAGUGAGGCUGAAUGUGUUUUUAUUUUGUAAUAAGAAUGUGAAGCAUUGAAAACGAACUCGCAAAGAGGACGUGUGAUUAUGAACCAUACUUGCUGCUGUUCUCGAUGUUUGUGUGUAGUGUUGUGUGCAGUGGCAGCGGUGAGGGAUGGGAUUAGUUUUAUGAUGUAAAGUUUGUUUUCAGCACCCUUUUAAAUGAAAAGGUAAUGUACCAUGUAACCAAAUUGUUAUCAUACGUCUCUUCCAACAAUGCAACUGCCAGUCAUACACAAGCAGACCACAGCUGUAUUACUCGUGUGAAGGUCUGAGCCUUGUGAAAUGCUCAGCCAGCUGUGUCCUUCAUGAUGGAUUUGAGGUGGCUCUGUGUAGUCAUUCAUAUUAGCAGGAAUGUUGCCAUGAAGAACUUUACGCCAGUUUUCUGGCAGAAGGUGACGCUCAAUUUAUCACACCAUUCAAAUACUGCUAUAUGAUGAUUAUGUUGUACAAGGAAAUCAUGUAUGCAUAUAUAUAUAUAUAUGUAUAUAUAUAUAUACAUAUAUUUUGUAUUUAUAUUUGACUGUUUUGUGUGGCAUUUAUUCAGAAUAAAUCACACUGGAAUAUAAUUGUACUACUGACACACUGAAUUAGCAGGAACAAGACUUUGAUGCAGUUCAUGUUUUAAUUAUAAAUUUAUUACAUAAUAUAACAAACAUAUCUCUGUGGUGGAGAUAUCCUGGGCAACAUCUCAGAUCUUGCCUCAACCUUCACUAUCACCCCUAACUCUGUUUGCAUGAGGAAUACUAGGUAGCUUUGGGUUAACUUUUAUUUCGACUACGGCUUCCAUGUUCCAUGUUCCGUCCAGAAGUCGCUGGGAGACGAGUCGUACAGUAGAUGAUUAGCAUGGUCCUCGGAUGCUGAGAAGGGGAAGUGCACCUGUGAGACAAGGCUGAGGCGUUGCAGUGAUACAUCCACCAUUCUAAACUUCACAGUGCAAACAAGGAGAAAACCAACAAUGAAAGAAAAAACCUCUUUGAUGAUAAGAUCACUGGUUCCAGUGGGUGACCGGACCCCAGUGGGUUUUUAAAAAGGUUACACUGCUCUCCCUACACUACUUAGAUUGUGCUUUGUUGAUUAGAAAAUAAGACAAAGAUAACCCUUCGCUGAACUUAUUUGACCUAAUGAUGUGUAAGUCUGUUACACGAUGCAUUUGUAUUUGUGGUAAACUUACACAACCAUCUGACCGGGUAUUCACUACAGCAUUGUUCCUUCUAACCAGGCCAGCCUGUGUGAGUCCAGACUGUACACGUUCACCUCUUAGGUGUUUGUCUUUAUAUGGGAACAGUAUGCCAAACUGGAUAAUAACCUUCAUCACAGUAAAAUCAAGCAAUUGUGAUA